CUGCGUCCAAAACAGAGCCCCCCCUUCGUCGGCUGUGACGUCACGACAGCGCUGUUUUUCUGCGGCUGAAGUUUUGUCGCUUCCUCGCAGGAAUGGCGGCGCUGGGAGCGAAGUCAUCAAAUUUAAUAACAUUAUUAAAAUUAUUUCUUCUUUUACACAUCGUUCAGCACAUACAGGCGGCUUCAGAGCCCGGUAAAUGGACUCUAAAUGUUGACAGCGAAAACAUUCAUGAACAGAACAAGUUCAUUUUCAGAAAGACGUUAUUCAACAGUUCUACAAUUUACCUACAAUGGAUGAGUGAAGACUGCAAGCAUCCAGUUAAUCUCUCAAUAUCCUGGUACCUGCGAAACUCACACUGCUAUGAUGAAGUCUUUGGGCUGGAUAAUUCUCAAGUCAAUAACUACUUCAAGUUGAACGCAGAAGUGAGAGAGGGUGGGACUGGUUUUUUCGUUUUCCAUGAGUACGAACUCAUAGAGUGCGGGCAGCAGGUCCACGGGGACGAGCUUGCUGUGAAAUCCUUCGAUGUGCCGAUAAAGAUUACGAAGCCAGGAAUGUUCCAGACGGACGAAGAACGGAAAGCCAAGAGAAGCACGGAAGUAGAAAAGACGGCUUCUGAGAAACCGACGGUGGGCAAGGAUGCGACAAGAAGAGCAGAGGAUGAAGAAGUCCAGGAGGAGACGACGACGACAUCGUCUGCAGUGUACGCGGUUGCCAGGACGUGGGAAGAUGGUCCCUACAUGUUCAUCGUUCAGAUUGAAGAGGCGGGCAGCAGCCCUGACAAAUACCCCGGCUCCGAGCCCAGGGGCGGCUCCGAGGAGAGCAACGGGUGGAAACUGCAGUUAGAAAUCAGGAUGUUGGGUCCCUACCAAUACAUCUCCGCGUCUGAAUGGCCUCUGAUGUGUUUCUACAUGGUGAUGUGCAUCAUCUACGUGCUGCUGGGGGGUCUGUGGCUGGGUCUCUGCGCCUGCUACUGGAGAGACCUGCUGCGCAUCCAGUUCUGGAUCGGAGGGGUGGUCUUCCUGGGCAUGCUGGAGAAGGCGGUGUACUACACAGAGUUCCAGAGCAUCCGCUACAACGGCCUGUCUGUGCAAGGGGCUGUGGUAUUUGCUGAAAUCCUCUCUGCUGUGAAGAGAACUCUGGCCCGUGUGUUAGUCAUCAUUGCCAGCCUGGGAUACGGAAUUGUCAAGCCAAGACUGGGGGCUGUUCUGCACAGAGUUGUGGGGGUUGGUUUGGUCUACCUGACCUUCUCGAUCGUGGAGGGCGUCCUUCGGGUGAAUUCGGCUCAGGAUGAUCUUGUGCUCUUGGCUGCCAUCCCCUUGGCCGUGCUCGACUCUGCCCUCUGCUGGUGGAUAUUUAUCAGCCUCGCUCAGACCAUGAAGCUGCUGCGACUCCGGAGGAACCUGGUGAAACUGUCCCUCUACCGCCACUUCACCAACACCUUGAUGUUCGCCGUCAUCGCUUCUGUAAUUUUCAUCAUCUGGACGACCAAGACGUUUAAAUUUUCCCAGUGUGAGUCGGACUGGAGGGAGCUGUGGAUUGACGAUGCUUUCUGGAGGUUUCUCUUCUCCAUCAUUCUGCUGGUCAUCAUGUUCCUGUGGAGACCUUCCAUCAACAACCAGAGAUACGCCUUCACUCCUCUUCUUGACGAGAUGAGCGACGAGGAAAAAGAAGCGAUGAUGAGCGACGCGUUCGAGGGAAUGAAGAUGAGAGGAAUGAAAACAGAGACCAACGGAUCAACCAUAGCCAGCAAAGAGGAUGAAGAUCUGAAAUGGGUGGAGGAGAACAUCCCAUCUUCCAUGGCAGAUGUGGCGCUACCGCCUUUACUGGACUCGGAUGAGGAGAACGUAACGACCCAAUUCGAGAUUUCAAAGAUGGAAUAAAACCAAAUGCCUUUUGACAGUAUUUAUUGUAAAUAGUUAUUAAUUUGUUACUUUUUCUCACCGAUUUGAUUUUAUUCCAAACUCGGAGCCGAGGUGAGGAAUUUAUUAACUUUUUAUUGCCUAUUUUUAUUUAUAUUUUCUUUAAAAAUAUUCUGUUUUCAUUGAUUUUCAGACAUCGUUACUGAUAAUGAAACACCACUGAUAACAUGCUAACAUGUAACUGGGAUUGGAGAACAAACUAAUAAAUGAAAUGCCAUCCAUGAAUCUGAAA